AUGACCAGCGUGUAUUCAGCAAACAGUGCCGUCAGCUUUGACGAGCUGCUCCGUCACCUCAAUUCCCUUCCUGUGCCGCUGCUCCCGCCAGCAAAAGCCCUCGAUCCCGCUUUGACCGACAAGAUAUCAUCCUUGUAUCUGCACCCAGCACUCGAGGCUCUGUUGCAUCUUCUCAACCAUGACCUGCCCUCCGCCCACUUUCUCGUGCGACAUAUGCAGUCCGAUCCCGCCUUUGAGGCCAUGUACCUACAUGGUAUUCUCCACCGUAUAGAAGGAGACUUCAACAACACCAGAGCCUGGUACUACGAUGUCUUCAGUUCCGAGCCCUUCGAAUUGGUUUGGGGAAAAGCCACAGACGAAGAAAAGGCCGAGGUUGAAAAGAAAAAGAGUCAAGGUGAAACCAAGAUGCCACCUCAGAAAUCCGCCAGAGACUUUGUAGACAGCCUAGAAAAGCUGUCCAAAGGCCAAGGAGACAAGGAAGCUCUCGCAAAGGAGAGUAGGAGAGAGUUUGAUACUGUUCUUGACUGGUGCAUUGAGAAGUUUGGAACUGAGAAGCACACCGACGCCUCGAAGGCUUGGGUGCAACCAAGUCAGGACAUCAGCCAGAAGGGCCAAAACAUGGUCACUGGCAAUGAGGGUUUUAGAAAAUUCUAA